UGUCAGUUGUAAAUGUCAUGUAAACUGGUACAAGAGGAAUGGUGGUGUUGUUUGGAUAUUUUACGGAUUUCGUAGGUGUUAAUUUUCGUUCGUGUCGUUUUUCUUUUAUUUGUACCGUUUUGCAAAAGCAGAGGUGUAAAUUUUAUUGCGCCCCGUCGUGAGCUAAGCAUUAUUUCGAUGGAAAAUUUUGUGUUUUAAGACCCUGGCAGAGAGAAGCAAAAAGUGGUUCGUUGUGUCAACAGUAGACGAUCGAAGGCAAUGAGUGCAGUAUUGGCGGAAGUAAUAAGAGCAGCCUAAAGCAUCACUACACCAUACAGUGGGGCUUUGUUUUGGGAGAUCAGCAACACGAUCAUCCAGCUAAACGCCCCCUCCUGUCCUUGACUGCAAGGUCGUGAAAUUGAGUUCGAAAAUCAUCGAUAUAUCGAAAACCUGUACAUCCAAACCCGUCCGACGGAUCCAGUGGAUGAGUGCAGUAGCGUGUCCCGUCAGUGCGUAAGCGAUGGACCGUCAUAACGAGCAACAGCAACACCGGCCGUAUCUCCGUUCGUUCAUGGAGCAAGAUCGGGGUACAGGGGACCAUCCGAUGCUGGAGGAGGAUCUGCUGGAUGCUGAAAUAGAACACCAAACACCGUGCCAGAGCAUAGACCUGGCGACGGAAGGAAACAAAGAAGCUACCGCUGGGGAAUGUUCCGGACCGGCUCGCGGAACCGCUAACGUUCGAUCCCGUGUACGCUACUGGCUGAACGACAUCGUCGAUGAAAUGCGAAAGAAAAGUCCGGCAUCCGUACAGAAAUGGGUCGAUUCAAUACAAAUACCAACGAGCACAAAUGCGGGAGGAUCGACAGGUGAUGAUACGGUUGGACCCUCACAGGACGAUGGUGCGACGGCAUACGAAUCAGACUUUUCCCAGCCCAAUCAGCUAGCGGCGACAGAAGCACAAACGGUGGGAUUAGACCCUGGUCACGGUUGGGAAGAAACCGGGGAACCGUCGGAACCCGAAGUCGAACCGGAAAACGAUCAACUUGCCUUCGAUUACGAUACUCAAGGAAAUACCGACCACUCGGAACGCGUACUUAUCGAACACAACCUCAAAAAGAACACCGGUACAAGUACCAUCCAAGGCAUUCCCGCGGAACCACAAAGCACAUCUCUUGCCACCAGCACACCGAAAGCAAUAAAAUCGGAUGAAUCGACAAAGCAAUCGCCAGUUACGGAGGGAACCCCCGGGUUGUCAAUUCGAAACUUCCUGUCCAAAAAAUCGCUGCUCGGAAAGUUUAGCCGAUCCGGCUCGAAUCUCGACCAAAGUCCAACGAUUUCGGGUGAGAGUGAAAAUUUGGACACGGUAGAGACUGCACGAAAAAAUACGGAAGACGGCAUUUUGUCCACUUCUUCACGCUUCGUGGUCGGUAAAAGUAAAAUAAAUGAGUUUUACGAUAAGCUUAACAUGAACAAAGCAAAGUAUGGAUUGAUCAAAGCGAAAAAGCUCGAUAUCCGUAAUAUGCUCAGUGGUGGAAGUAGUAAUCGGGAAAGCUCGGACGAACAGAAAGUACGUGAACCGCAGCCCUUACAUUUAUCACCGCCGGCGGAUGAAUUCACUACAGAUCAAACAGUGCAAGGAUUCGAUGGGGAACUGGAUCCUGUGGCGAGUGAAUCGGAACAUGAGCGAUCCGUUUCGCCGCAACAUCACGAACCGUUGGAAGUUAGUGUCGUGGAUGUGGAUCCAUCGGAUGCGUAUGAGUUUUCCUUCGAUGAAUCGUUUCCCAAAUCGGACGAGCUAAUUCCGGGCAUGAUAAGUGAGGAAGAUGAAGAGGAAAAGGAAAACAUACUCGAUAGUGCGUCCGUUAUGCCGAACCAUGGGCACGGGUACGAUGCAUACCUUAAUCCACCGCAACCUAAGACCCAUCGCAUGGGUAUCGGUCGCAUUGGGCGCAGUUCGAGUGAAAAUCCACGUGCUACCGCGCGGCGCUACAAUCUUAUGGAAAUCGGACGAAGCUUCAGCGAGAUGAACGAUGAUGACGAUUCGUUCGCGAUCAGUGAGUGCAAUAACAGCUGUCCGAAUCCGUCGUCGCUAAACACGAGUUCAAGCAUCAACAAUGGCAGCAGCAAUAAUCUUACCCGUUCGGUUCCAGUCAGUCCGAUACCGCGCACGUCAAGCAAGCUCAGCAUUCAACAGGAUCCGCAACAGCACCAGCUACACCAGCAGCAGCAACAGCAGCAGUCUUCGUCUCCAAGGCGCCGCAGCACGAUGCUAGUAAAGGAUAGUUCGCUCCAAUCCGAUUCCAGUCGCUGCUCGAGCGUUGAGAGUUUGUUGAACGCGCGGAAACCAGACCCGGAAAAGAUAUUGCUCAAUCUGGGCUUUGGACCGGCACCACACAGUACGGAUGUGUUGGCAAAAAUACCUAAACGGUUUUUAAAACCAUCCCAAGUGCGAGGAGUCGAUACGGAAGCUUUCUUGCGACAGCAACAACUUUCGAUGCACAUCCAUGAGAAUAGUGUACUCGGUUAUCGAGGGCUAGUAGGUAAUCCGCACAUUCCACCCUCGAUGAUAGUGGCCAAAAUUAUGGAACGGUUUCAGGAGAAUGACACAAAGACACGUCUCACGGCCACAGGCGUUCCGCUGCUUCAGUCAUCCGACAGUCGCAACUCGUCUGGUCCACCGUCACCCGUUCCGAUGACACGGCAUGCCUCUCUAGCGACGGCUGAUGGUCGCUUGAAAUACUAGCUCUUUACCCCUCCGAUGGAGCGGACACUCGGUGACAGUGCGUCCCAAAGUGAUACUUUUACCGUACCGCACUCAGCAUAUCGCUUCUCAAACAAUCAAGCAACAUGUUUCCUUCACGCACACUACACUCCACCAGUUGAUGAGCUUUAGAGAAACCCCAGCGUCGAUGGGAUCGAUGAGAUUUUAAUAUAUGCAUAACUUUUAAACCCCAUAGUAGUGUAAAUUCUGGUGUAGAGGCAGAAAUGCACUCCAUUUUACUACUCAAUCUGAUCAUCGUUUUAUAAGUAGCAAACAUUUUGAUCUGCCUCACUGUUUGGAAAAUUACUCAAAAUCAAUCGUACUAUUGUACCUUUUUAAUCCAACUUUCUCCAAGUGAGCUUUUAUGAGAUUGUAGACUUUGUAUCUUCUAUAUUCCCCUUUUCUACUUUCAACUUCAGCAUUAUUUAUAUGGAAUCUAUUCCGAUAAGCACACAAGUAGCAGGAGUAAGUAAAAAAAAAGUGAGUAAAUUAGAAACUGUGAAACAGCGAGGAAAAAGCACACACACUCCUUUUAUGGAAAAGUCUAUUUUAGUCCCCGUAAUAGCAGGCAACUAUUGCUCUUUAGGCCUUGUGAUGGAUGUGUUGUGUAGGAUUAUUUACGUAGGUUAUAGCUAGCUGUAUGAAUGGUGUAAGAUAUUAGAUAUUUCACUGAUUGCUAGUAGCGGCACGGUGUCGAAAAUAGUAACGGCGUCUUGCAAAAUGGUUGGAUGGCAGCCGGUUAUGAUAAGCAAAGAGAAAGAAAGGACUUGAACAAAGAAAAUGAAACAAAAUCGAAUGGUGAAAUGGCACGAGCUUACGGGACUGAGAACCUAAAACUAGUUUUCUACUAAAGUCCGUAAUUACAUGGGAACACAACACUUAAAAAAUGGAAUAUACACAAUCUCUUUCUCUAUCUCUAUCUCUCUCUCUCUUUCCCUUUCUGAAUGCAUAUCUAUCAACAGUGAUGUCUCCUGUGCGAGUCUGGUGUUGGGAGACUAAGUAUAUACACAUUGAAAAGUAAAACAAACCGUUACAGUUCGGAAUUCUAUUGCAAUGAUGCAUUGCUAGUGACAAAGUAAAUCAAUGGUAAUGUAAUACAUAUUUUUUAUAAUAUUACACCCCUGGAUAGAGAAAUUGAUUCGAGGGUUAGAUUGCCUUUAUUUUGCUAUACUUAGAACCUUCAAUUAUUACAACACUGGAACUAAAAUGCACUUGUUAGAUGAAUAAACGUUGUAACGUAAAUCGAAAA